AUGACCGGCAUUCGGAGCUCAUUGGCCCCUGCCACUAUUCGGGCAUAUGAUAGAGCCGUGCACCACUUUGAGAGUUUUUUGUCCAUUAUGGGUCGGGAUGGUCUGUGGCCUGUCACAGAAACUUUGGCUUUACGUUACUUAGCCCAUUUAAAAGACAUUGGUUACGCCGCUAGGACUAUCGGAGUUCACAUGGCGGCUAUCUCUUUUUUCUCAAAAGCACACGGUUUCAAUGAUCCUUGUGCAUCCUUUCGAGCCAGAAAGGCUGUCAAGGGCUGGCAACGCGAGGCACCGUCCAUCAGGGACGUCAGGAGGCCAGUCACUUUGGAUAUGCUACAAAGGAUUGUACGGCUACUGCCAUCCUUGUGCAAUUCUCGAUAUGAGGCCACCUUAUUUGAGGCAGCAUUUUCUUUAGCCUUCUUUGGGGCGUUCCGACUUAGCGAACUCGUGGCUCAAUCCCGGCAUGAUUUGACCAGCAGGGCUUUACUUUUGGGGGACAUAUGCCUUCACAACUCAACACUGACGAUCGUCGUUCGUCGGUCCAAAACUGACCAGGUUGGAAAAGGGAUGAGUGUCCGGCUGCAUAAGGCCACCACUGUCCGGCCUUGCCCCAUCAGAGCUUUAAAAAGGUUUCUAGCUAUACGGCCGCACAUAAAGGGAUGCCUAUUGAUACAUGCUGAUUACACACCGCUGACUCGCUAUCAAUUUAUCAGUGUUUUUAAGGCUUCGGUUGGCUCCAUGGGUUUCCCCACGUCUGAUUUUAGUGGCCAUUCCUUUCGUAUAGGAGCAGCCACACAGGCGGCUGGAGAGGGCAUGGCUGUCAGCCAGAUACAAGCCAUCGGCUGA